AUGCUUGAUGAAGAAAACCAGAGCAGUCGUGGUUCACAUGAAGGCCGUGCCCCAAAUGUUGACAGACAUAGGCAUUCUCGGGGUAAGAAUCUUAUGGAAGAUUAUUUUAUCCCAACAUCUCUGUACUCUGAUGUUCAUUUUCGAGGGAGGUAUAGAAUGCAACAACAUUUGUUCAAUAAAAUCAUGCAUGAUAUUUGCAAUUAUGAUGAAUACUUUGUUCAAAAGAGAAAUUGUGUUGGUGUUUUGGGACUGCUUCCCGAACAAAAGUUCACAGCUGUUAUACGAAUGUUGGCGUAUGGUGCAUCUGCUGAUCAGGUGGAUGAGAUUGCCCGGAUGGGGAAGUCCAUUGCCUUGGAGAGUUUGGUUAGAUUUUGUGAUGCAGUCGAAACUCUGUACACCAGGGACUACCUGCGUCGACCCACGCCCAGGGACCUGCAACGACUUCUGCAGAAAGCCGAAUGGAGAGGAUUUCCAGGAAUGAUUGGUGAUUACGGAAAUCGGAAAGGCCAAAAAAGCAUCAUCCUUGAAGCCGUUGCAGGUUUCGAUACAUGGGUUUGGCACCCCUUUUUUGGAGUUGCUGGAUCUCAAAAUGACUUGAACGUCCUGGGUCAAUCCCCGGUGUUCAAUGAUGUUUUGAGAGGAGAAGCCCCAAAAAUCAUAUAUGAAGUCAAUAAUAUCGUCUACCAAAUCAGGUAUUAUCUAGCUGACGAGAUCUACCCGAGGUGGACAACAUUCGUGAAAUCACUUCCGCAUCCCCGAACCCAGAAGCAAAAAUUAUUUGCUACAUAUCAAGAGGGUUACAGAAAGGAUGUGGAGAGGUGCUUUGGUAUCCUCCAAGCUCGGUGGGCGAUCAUUAGGGGUGUGACAUGUAUGUUUGAUGAGGAGGUGUUGAGGAGCAUAAUGAUGACAUGCAUCAUCCUUCAUAACAUGAUUGUGGAGGAUGAGUAUGAUUAG